UCGCGAUUGAAACGGAAUAUAGAGGGCAGGUCGAAUGCAAGAAAAUGGCCGAUAUAAAUGGUAUAAACAAACAUUCAAUUGAGGAAUAGAACAAUACCGAUUUGAUUUAAAAUAUUUUAAUGUACUCAUAAUGCUAAAAUUUACUAAAAAUUUCUUAAUAAUGACCAAAUUCCAUUCAAAUCAACAAUUUUCUGGUUUGUUUAUACCACUUAUAGUAGUUUAAAUUUAUUCCACCAGAGGUCAGCUACUUUGUUUUUCAUCGCGAAUUACCAGAGUAAUAUCAGAUGUCAUCGUCUGCCACAAAACAAAAAUAUUAAAAAAAAGAUAAGAAAUGAUUCAUAUUUUUGUUUGUUGAUGGAAAGUAGAGUUCAUACCUAAAAAGAAAGUGCAUGUCUAAUCUCGACCAAAACGAGAGUGACUUUGAGGCCGUCUCAGAAACAACAAGACUUAUGGACGGUCAUGUUGCUACGCACAGCGGUAAUUCAUCGUCAGAUUUAAACCAUGGACAAGAUGUACCAAGGAAAAGAAGUAGGCGUUCUGACAAUGCUGAACAAAGGCCUGAGGGUGCUAAUCCGGGGGAAGGAGGACAUGGAGACUAUGUUAUUCCACCUUCGGCAGGCGCCAUGAGUUUAGAUGAGGAAGAAGAGUUAAAAUAUGGAGCAAAACAUGUCAUCAAAUUAUUUGCUCCAGUAUCACUCUGCAUGGUAGUGGUGGUAGCUACUAUAAGUGCAGUGAAUUUUUAUUCUGUGAAGGAUAUGUACUUGGUGUAUACUCCUUUCCAUGAAGAAAGUUCAGAACUGGGUACCAAGGCUUGGAAUGCUGCAGCCAAUGCCAUGAUUUUAAUGGCAGUAAUAGUGUUAAUGACUGUACUGCUUAUAGUUUUAUACAAAUAUAGAUGCUACAAGACUAUACAUGCCUGGCUCAUUGUAUCUUCAUUAAUGCUACUUUCUAUUUUUUCAUAUUUAUAUUUAGAGGAAAUUUUAAGAGCUUAUAAUAUCCCAAUGGAUUACCCUACUUUAGCGUUUCUAAUGUGGAAUUUUGGAGUGAUGGGAAUGAUAGUGAUACAUUGGCUAGGUCCUUUAAAAUUACAACAAGCUUACCUGAUAUUUGUUGCUGCUCUCAUGGCCUUAGUAUUUAUUAAAUAUUUGCCAGAAUGGACAACGUGGACAGUUUUGGCAGUUAUAUCAGUAUGGGAUUUAGUUGCAGUAUUAUUACCGAAAGGUCCCUUGAGGAUAUUGGUAGAAACAGCGCAAGAAAGAAAUGAGCAAAUAUUUCCUGCUUUGAUUUAUUCAUCCACCUUUAUGUACACCUACACAAGCAUGGCAACAGGAGAUGUUCCUAAUAUCCCAAGAUCAGACAGUGAGGAUCACGGAUUUACACAAGACUGGGUAGCUAGUCACGCCAAUAGAGGGGCACAAAGACAGUUAGAUGUACAGAGUGACCAAAGUGAAAACUGGGAAGCUAAUCGAACCAGGAGAGUGGCACAAAGACAGUUAGAAGUACAUAGUGAUCCAAGUGGUCAGCCUCGCACACAAAUCCAUCAAGAUUCGGAAGAACGUGGAGUUAAAUUGGGUUUGGGCGAUUUUAUAUUUUACAGCGUACUUGUUGGAAAAGCGUCCUCAUAUGGAGACUGGAAUACAACAUUAGCAUGUUUUGUAGCUAUUUUAAUUGGUUUAUGUUUGACACUGCUACUGCUAGCCAUAUUCAAGAAAGCUUUGCCGGCACUGCCAAUUUCCAUUACUUUUGGUCUGAUCUUUUACUUCGCCACCAAAGAAAUAGUUAGCCCAUUCACGGACAGUUUAUCUAACGAACAGAUAUUUAUAUAAACGUUACAUUCCAAAGUUCACGUGUAACUUAAGCUUUAAAACUUUUCCAAAUAUUUUUACAUUACAAUGUUUGUUCCUAGCUUUUCUUAUAGUAGAGGAUUCGAUAUAAGAACGGUUUUCACCGAUCUGUUUAAUGGAUAAAAAUUAUUUGAUAUGUAAUUAAGUUGGUCGUUUUCGAGUUGUAAACAACUUAAAACUGAAAAAAGAACGAAAAAAUAUGAUUUUCAAGGCUCAAAAACACAAGUAAAAAAUAUUAUUGAAGUUAUACUUCUUUACGAUCGAGAGCGAAAUUUUAUAAUGCCGGGCGCAUGCGCACACAUACAGUAUGUAUUUCGUUGCUAACCUUUCAAGAUAUGUAUGUAUCAGCGCUGUCAGCGCAAAUAAGUCAUAUUAUAUCAUAUAAAAGUAUAUAUUAGUGUUCUUAGUAAAUGUAUUAUUUAUUAUAAUUUUUGUGUCUUUGGAUUUGUCUUCCUCCGGAAUAAGAUAUUUUAUAAUAUUGUCCUUUUCAUGAUCAUUUUUCAGUGCGUAACAAAUGAUAGGAAAAAGGGUAAGUCCGUGAUAAUACACAUUUAUGACAUUUAUUCUAACAUGACAUUUUAAUUAAAUCUGACAGUUGUCACAUUUUAUUUUCAAUUUGGAAUAAAAACAAAUCAAUUUUGUCUAUUGCAUUUAUAAAAUGGUAUUUUCUUUGAUUUGUAUAGUCUUAUAAAUUAUACAGAUUAUAUUUGUAAUAUUAUUAUCUGAUUAAAAAAAAUAAUUUAUUAUUAUGGCGCCAUCUAUCGACAACUAGAAUAACUAGAAUAAAUGUUAUAAAAAUGUCACCGACGAAAUGUAAUCACCGACGUGCCUUUUUUUCUGUCACAUACAAUUUAAUGCGUUAGAAAGAAAUCGAAAAACUGUGACGCACUGAAAGAUGAUCAUGAGAAAUACUGUAAUAGUAAGUAUAUUUAAAGUAUUUUUGUAUAUUUAACUUGGUCUAUUAAAUUUAUCAGUAUGUAUGAGAAAUCUUGUAACCUCUCAAAGCAAAAGGUAUAUAGCUCAGUGGUAGAGCGUGUGACCGGAGAUCAAGAGGUCCCGGGUUCAAAUCCCGGACGAUUCAUAUUCUUUUUUUUUAUAUAUUUUUGGUAUCGUUUUAAUAAAAAAAGAAUGUGUGUGUACUUUGUACGCACGUAAGAAGUUAUACUUCUAUUAUAUGAUUAUAUGAUUAUAAACGAAAUUAAUAUACUUUUUAUUUAAAUUUUAUUUAAAUAUUAAAUUGAUUUAUACUUACUACUUCUCAAACAUUUUUAUUAAAACAGUGCCAAAAAUUAAAAUAAUAAAAAAAUAAAACACACACAAACACAUUAAAAAUGCCAAAAAUGAUUUCUGAACAUUAAUUGUCGGAAAAUUUUUUAACUAAAUACGUAUUUUCUGAAAAUAAAAUUAUAUAAUAAAUAUACUUACAAUCAUAAAAUGUAUAAAAAAAAAUAAAAAAAUAAAAGUUUCUAUUGGGAUUCGAACCAACCUACCACGCGGCUGGUAUUUGCGUUGUAUUGGGAUUCACCUCGCAUUAAAACUUCGCCACAGAGACAGCUUGUCAUUAUGUGCGAAGAUCGUCUAACUAAACAGAUUAACCUUUUGACAUUUUUAACUUAUGUAAAUCAAAUUAUUUUGAUUUUGAAUUGAAAUGAUUUAGAAUUGAAAUCAAAUUAUGUAAAUAAAAGUAUUACAUACUACUUAUGUAUUUUGGUAGGUUCAAGGUAGGUAUCGGAGCCCGUAUAACGACUAAUAAAUUUCGCAAUCACUUGCGUCGUGCAAAGUGGCUAUGUUCAAAUAUCAUAACAAAAUUUGAUCAACUAUUUAUAAAACACUUACCAGUGAAAGAUUCUUUAGCUUUGAAUAAGCGAGAUCUGCGGCACUCAUACUAGUCACAGUUUGAUGAGCUUUCACAUUGGCAUGCAAUAAUCAUCUCUUCUAUGUAAAUAAGUCCAAAAAUAUAAUAUGAAAACUAUUUAAAAAGGCAGUAUAACCAUUAACUAACUUUUUGUUUGUUGUUUCUCUUCCUACAAAUUUUAAAACGCAACAAGCAUACAUUAUAAGCAAAUCACAGUCCCACAGCUGUGCCACAGCUGCCAAUUGGAUAAUUUUUGUCAUGUCAUUUGAACAGCCAAUCAGAACAAAGUUAUAAUGCGCAUGCGCCCGGUCGCUAGGUUUUCCCAUAUAAAAUUUCACCGUCAUUACGCCCGUAAAGAAGUAUAACUUCAAAAAAUUUUAAAGGUGGUAGGUAAAGAAAGUUAGUUUAAUAUUUAAAUAAAAUACAAAUAACCUGUUAAGUAUAUUAAUUUCGUUGAAAUCAUAAUAAUAGAAGUAUAACUUCUUACGUGCGUACAAAGUACACACACACACAUUCUUUUAUUUUUGUAAUCAUCAAGUAGCUAAAUUCAAGUUCAAAACUUUUUCUCUCAGUUCCCGAUAAGUUUUAUUCUAAUAGUUAUUUAUGUACCAAGUCAGUAAAGUUACUCUUUAUCGAACGAGUCUGAUAUGAGCAGAGCGAGCGAGGCGAAUAACAGACGAGUUCGAUAGAGUCUUUACUGACAUGGUACAUACAAAAUUUUAUCGCCAACAGUUUGAUAUUGGUUUUAACACUCACUUACAAUUUACAAUUUAAAAACUUUUUAAAUUCUAGACGUUAUUAUAAUGAUGACAGAUAACUUUUGCAAGAUGGCCGCUUUCGAUUUUUAAUCGAUAGUUAUCAAUAUUGAAUAAUUGCUAAAUUGGUAAAGUUUUGUUUUAUUUUAUAUGAAUAUAAUUACAAAAUACUACAGAAUUUUCCUUUUUGAAAUUGAAUAAUCGCCAAUUGUGUACAAUAUUUUUAAUAAUUAAAGUAAAUAAAUUUUAAGUUCACUCAAAUACUCGCCAUUCGAUAACUGCCAUCGACCACUUACAUUCAAUCUCGGAUAAUUUGAUUAAUCGCGGCAGGUAAAGUAAAAUUCUUCUUUCAGUACAAUAAAGUGUUACUUUACUGCCGCAAAUGAGGACAAAUGAGUACAAUAAUGAAUGACUUUAGUGACGGUUGGCGAUACAAUAUAUUUUUUUAAUUAUUAACCCUGGAUUGCUACACUUAUUUUCUUAACUGAAUCUGCUACAUCGGGCUACCAUCAGUGGUACCCCAAAUGAAAUCGAUCUAAAAUAUUUAUAGGUAUAAAUAUGUAUAUUUUAAGAACUUAUAACAAAAACAAUCUUAAGAUAACAUGUUAAGAAUUUAUUUUGUAUACAAAAAUAUUUAAUUAUAUUAUUAUUUAUAAGUCUAUUUUCAUAUUUUCCACACCCACUACUGCAAAUUGGUGUAACUUACAAACAAGGUUGGGGUACAAGUGUACCCCAGGUAGCAUUCCAUGGUUAAUGAGAAAGGUUCCUUAUGAGAAGACGGGCGGUCGGGCUGCACCAACAACUAAAAAACAAUGUUAGAAAAACUCCAUGUUAGAACAAACAAGAACUGAUAGGAAUAAGGAUUGGACAGAGAACAUCGAACACAUGUGUUCGUUGUUCUCUGGUUUGAACUUGGAUUUAAGUAUUUACUCACGUUUUUGAGCCUUGAACAUCGUCAUUUUUCGUUUUUUUUUUAGUUUUACAUUUUCUUCUUCUUUAAGUAGCGUGUAAAAUUUUAGGCGUGGGUAGCUUCCAUGACAAACUGAUAUCUGAUAACUGAUUUAUCUGCUGAUAAACCAGUCCAUUGACGAAGGUUUCGGAGCCAUGAAUAUUUUUUCCUACUAAUUCCGCUUUUUCCGUCGAUCUUUCCGUUGAGUAUUAACUGCAGUAUCCUGUAUCUGCCGCCUCUCAUUAUAUGUCCCAGAUAUUCAAGUUUUCUCUUUUUUAUCAUCUUCAUUGUCACCUUCGCCUUGUCCUACUCUGUUUAAGACUUCUCUGUUUGAAAUGCGUUGAACUCAAGAUAUUCUGAGCAUUCUACGAUAUAACCACAUCUCGAAGGUUUCUAAUUUGUUCAUCAUGUUAACCUUCAUGAUCCAGGUUUCACAUCCAUAUAGUAAUACAGGAUACACAUAACAUUUUACGAACUUAAAUCUUAGUUGUAAAUUCAGCUGAGAAUUGCUCAGAAUAGAUCUAAGUUUCAUAAAUGCCCCUCUUGCAAUUUCUAUACGAGUUUUAAUUUCUUCAUCCGUAUUUAGUGUCUCGUUUAUCCAACAUUUUAGGUAUUUAAAAUAGUUAACUUUUGUUAUUAGUUCAUUACUGACAAUGGUUACAUUGUUUAUAACUCGAUAACGAUCAACUUGAGAGGAAAAUUACAAAAGCCCUUUUUUGUUUCGAAUGAUUUAAAAAAUCUAAAGUAAUAUCUGCCCGGGACGAAAAAUUUUUUGUAAAGUCCUUUUCAUGAGCAUUUUUCAGUGCGUCACAGUUUUUCGAUUUCUUUCUAACGUAUUAAAUUGUAUGUGACAGAAAAAAAGGCACGUCUGUGAUUACAGACAUUUAUAACAUUUAUUCUAGUUAUUCUAGUUGUCGAUAGAUGGCGCUAUAAUAAAAAAAAUAUUUACGAAUUAUACAGGGUGUCCAGAAACUCUACCGACAAACGAAGACAGGAGAUUAUUUAGAUAAUUUUAAGACAAUUUAGCUCAAUUCGCCUAGUCCGAAAAUGCUUCCUAAAGGAGCUAGAGCUCUUUGAAGAUGGCUUCUUGUAAUUAGUUUUUAUUAAAUACCUCCAUAGAAAAACGAAAAUGGGUACGUAUAUUUAUUUUCCAGAGAUAAAUCGAUUCCAUCCAUUGCCAAUUUCUAGUACCGAUUAUAGGCGUCCGUUUUGGGUAGGGCAACGGUUAUUUUAUCACAUAACUUUUUUGUCUUUAAGUUUUAAGCAUUUUUGACACUGGAUUAUUAAAUUGUGAGGUAUUCUAGUACUAAAAGGUACUCUUGGUUUACGUCCGUAGGACACACGGUUUUCUAGAAAAAUCUAAUUGAAAAUUUUUCGUUUUUUGAAUUUGAAUAAAAAUUGAAAAAUUAAAAAAAAAAACGGUGUAUUUUAUCAACUUAAAGCAAGAGUAACUUUUAGUACUAGAGUACCUCAUAACUUAAUAAUCUAGAGUAAAAAAUGCUUAAAAAUGAAAGACAAAAAUGCUAUGCGAUAAAAUAACCGUUGACCUACCCAAAACGGGCGCAUAUGACCCGUACUAGAAAUUCGCAGUUAAUGAAAUCGAUUCAUCUCUGAAAUAUAAAUAAACGUACCAGUUUUCAGAUUUCUAAAUAGUUUUUUUUUGAAAUUUUUUUUGGAAAUUCAAAAAAAGAAAAAUUUUCAAAUCAAUUUUUCUAGAAAACGGUGUAUCCUAUCGACCUAAAACAAGAGUACCUUUUAGUUGUAGAAUAUCUCUCAAUUUAAUAGUCCAGAGUCAAAAAUGCUUAAAAAUUAAAGAUAAAACGGACGCCUAUGACCGGUACUCGAAAUUCGCAAUGCAUGGAGUCGAUUUAUCUCUGGAAGAUAAAUAUGUGUACCAAUUUUCGUUUUUCUCAAUAGAAGCGUUCUGGAGUUAUUUAAGAAAAACUAUUACAAGACGCCAUCUUCAAAGAGCUCUAGCUUCUUUAGGAAGCAUUUUCGGACUAGGUGAAUUGGGUUAAAAUAUCUUAAAAUUAUCUGAGGAAUCUCCUGUCUUCGUUUGUCGGUAGAGUUUCUGGACACCCUGUAUAAUAUAUCUACGAAUAUAAUCUGUACAAUUUAUAAGACUAUACAAAUCAAAGAAAAUACCAUUUUAUAAAUGUAAUAAACACAAUUGAUUUGUUUUUAUGCCAAAUUACAAAUAAAAUGUGACAACUGUCAGAUUUAACUAAAAUGUCAUGUUAGAAUAAAUGUCAUAAAUGUGUAUUAUCACGGACUUACCUUUUUUUCUAUCAUUUGUGACGCACUGAAAAAUGCCCAUGAAAAGGACUCUAGAAUUUAUAAAACGUCAUUUGUUUAAUUAUUAAUUAAUGAUGGUUUGGACAAAAUUAUAUUGGGCACCUCUUCUUUUUUAUAAUUUUUAACAUACUAAAUUACAUAUCAAAUAAUUUUUCACAGAUCGGUGAAAAGUGUUCUUAUACCUAUCGGAUCUUAGACUAUUAGUAAUCCAUAAAAUUGGUUGAAUUAUAUUGUGAUAAUCGUAAAACUAUUAAAAAUCGAGAUGAAAAUACUUUUUUGAACAAUCAAGAUAAGAAAUAGUGUUAAGAAUACCCUAUAACGAUAUUUACUAAAUCAGUUAUGAGAUUUUUUUUAGAGAAUUAAUCGUUUUGGUAUUGUGCUUUCUAAUUGUAGAGGUGAGUAACAAGUUUUUAAAAUGGUUUUAUUAAAAUUUUAAAUUACUGCCGUAAAAUAUAGGUUCUGAAAAUCAGAAAUUUAUUAUUCAUAAUAGAAAUUAGAAUAUUUUUUUAUUUCACAUCAAACAAUCGAACAUUUUCAUAACAAACAAUAAUUUAAAAUAACUUUCAUUUUUGUAUUUUUAAAAGCUACUGAAUCCAUUACUCAUGUUGCCUAUAUUAACUCCAAGAUUAUUUAUUAUAUCCAUGGACGUAUAAACACAUAUGGACUCAGUUAUUUACAUAAAAUUGUGGAGCCAAAAUUAUUUGAAUAGGUCACAAUCUAAGCAUCUUCACAUGUUGUCACGUUUUUUUAUUAAAAUUUCUUAUUCGCGUAUCGCUGGAAAUGUUACUUCUUAUUUUAUUCGCGGUGUGCAAGUACUUGGAAGGGAAUUGAGAAACGAUCGUGCGCGAAUAGAGGAGAAAUAUUGCAACUUUCUUAAAUAAUUCAUAUUGUCAAUUGAAAUUGUUAAGUUGACGUACAUUUCAUAUCUACUGUCAUUGAAGAAGAAAAAUUAUAUGUUGCUCCACAAUAUUGAUAUGAUAUGCAAUUAUUAUAUAAAGGUAAAUUUAAUUAAUUGUAUUUUGCUUGCAGUACUGCAUUUUAAUAACUAAUUUUAUUUACUACAUACAAUUGUUUACGUUUUAAUAACAUAACCUGAAUCUUAUUUUUUCUUCUUAUUAUUUUUUUGGACUAUGGCCUUGAAAAUUAUCCAGUAACCAGGACUAAUAUAAUUGGCCAAUAUAAUUAAAAGUGCGAAUAAAGUUGCAGAGCGUAGAAAUAGGUGUCGCUUUGCCGUACUUGCACGGUCCCAAUACUCUACAGAUGCUAUCAAACUAAAAUAAUAAUUUUUCAGUUAUAUUAAUUUACAUAUUGAAUUGUAAUUAAAAUAUCAAGUGUUCAUAUCAUUGAAUAAUAGAUAUGAGCCAAUUAUUGUAUAUGUAGAAGCACUGAAAACUAUUUAUUAGUGACAACGGUGUUUACAUUUCUCUGUCUGACAAACGUCCAUGUCAAACUUGAAAAUCUUGUUCCAUAUUUGUUUACUUUUUAAGGUAAAUGAGGAAGAGUUGUUUUUCGCUAUUUUGGCUCUAUUUUGAGUGAUAUUUGUGAAAAGUGAAAAGAAAAAAACGAAAUAUUUAUAUCCCGAUAUCUCAUUUCAUUUGUAAGUACUCUUUUUUUACAUUAUAUAAGAUGAGGAAGUCUGUUUACAUUUUAAAAUAUGUCUUUCAUAGUCGUACCAUUGGGUUCCUUCAUAUUAAUGUAUUGAACAAGAUAUUAGUUCAUUAAAUUAAUAUAGAUAUUUUUAAAUUGUAAGUAGACAUAGUUAUACUCUGUUUUUUUUUAAAUUAAAUUCUUUGAACGUGUUUUUAUAAAUUAUUACUACUUCCAAUUAUUAACGUCUGAAUAAUUAUCCCCCGAGUAAAAGGCACACUCAUCAAGCACACUUAUGCUCAUUGAGGAAGCAUCACAUUCUAUAGAAGCUACAGUGCGUCCAUAAAGUAACGCAUAAAUUCAUUAUUUCGUAAACAGGCGACUUUAAACAGUGGUGUCAUGGUGUGGGAACGCGUGGGAACGCCGUUCCCGCACUGGUUAAGAAAAGAAAAAAAAAUAAUAGAGAAUUUAGGUUUUGUAAACAAAAAUUAGCAAUGCGUUCCGGCACUGCGUUCCCGCACUGCUAAUUUUGCCAUGACACCACUGACUUUAAAGAAAUAUCCCGAAACUGGUCGAUUUUUAUUUUUAAUUUCCGAUCUUUUGGCAUAUAUAUCAUACUAGUGACGUCAUCCAUUUGGGCGUGAUGACGUAAUCGAUGAUUUUUUUAAAUGAGAAUAGGGGUCAUGUGAAAGCUCAUGUGAAACAUUAACAUAAUUAUUUAUACAGGGUGUCCAAAAACAUUUUUUUUUAAAUUAAAUUAAUUGCCAAAAAAAAGAAUGUAUGUAAUUUAUCUAAUUCAAAAUACGUUUUAAUGUUGUCAGAAAACAGGAAAAAAAUGUUUAUUUGGCAAAUAAAUAUUGUUUUUAGCUUAAAUUCAAUGUUAAAGCUGCCACCCACCUGCCUCUUGCCAGUUUGAACUGGCGAAAACUGGUUUAAGCGAAAAUCAAUGUUUAUUCGUCAAAUAAAUUUUUUUUCUAUUUUCUGGCAGUAGUAAAACGCAUUUUGAAUUAAAUAAAUUACAUACAUUCUUCUUUUUGUCUCAAUUAUUUUAAUUAAAAAAAAAGGUUUUUUUGAACACCCUAUAUAAAUAAUUAUGUUAGUGUUUACAUUAUUGAAUAGAGAAUUGAAUACCCUUUCAAAUGAGCUAUCACAUGACCCCUAUUCUCAUUAAAAAAAAAUCAUCGAUUACGUCAUCACGCCCAGAUAGAUGACGUCACUAGUAUGAUAUAUGUGCCAAAAAAUCGGAAAUUAAAAAUAAAAAUCGACCUGUUUCGGGAUUUUGCCUUAAAGUCGCCGGUUUACGAAAUAAUAAAUUUAUCCGUUACUUUAUGGACGCACUGUAUAUAAAAUUCUAUAUAAAAAUGCUUACUUUUGGGUUAAAUUUGCAACUUUUUUUAUAAACAUUUUUUAAUUUCGAACAUCUCAUUUUAAAGAGCAAGUAUUUUCAAGAAAGUCGCCUGUUGAAUGUUUUAUUUACAAUGCGCAGUUUUUCACAAUAUUGAAAUAAAUAAAAAAAAGUCGCUUUUUGCUAAUAUUUUUUAAAAACCACGAUGUGGUAAAAAUUUUGAUAGCCACCAGAUGGUACGCUUUUUCUAUUGACUUCCUUCAGAUAUUCCAGUUGAAAAAUAUGGGGCAGUAUUUUUAGAUUUUUAAAUGUUUUGUUUCCUGGAGUAUAAGAUAAAAGUUUUUCAAAAUUGCAUAACGUCACCAGGAUGUAAAAAAAUCAUUUGCUACAACUAUUAUAACGUUUAGUUACAUUUUGUAAAAUAAUGCAACCUCAAAUAUUGUCCAAUUUUCGUUAAUUUUUGGCUUGAGAUUUGUUAUUGAUAUUAAAACUUUUUUACUUAAAAUAGGUAAAAUCAUGAUACUAUAAAUAACGAGAUGGUAUCUUCCCGUAGCUCAAAUAUGUCCGAGUUGGCGCAUGAUGACGUAACUGGAGACCGGAAGUUGAAUUUUAAUUCUUGAUAAAGUUAAAUGGGAUUUGUAUGCAUUCUGUGAUGAAAUUAUUCAAUUAGCAACAUAACAUUAAACUUCAAUGUAUUCGAAAAAAAUAUAUUGUCGAGAUUCCUGUCAAAAUUUCGUCAAAAAUAAAAUAUAAAAUACACUUAGCUUACAACCGCGAACAAUUCAAACUAAUCGGACAUUACGAAUGAUUACGAACUAUUACGAACUUGCCGGUCUCCAGUUACGUCACGACUUCAGGAUGUGCAAUAUAUUAUCUUGUUAUUUAUAGUAUCAUGGGUAAAAUAGCUCCGUGAUCUUAAGGUAACAAACUGUAUCAUGUUGUCUAAAAUACACUAAAAUAAUUGUUACAGUAGGAAUAUUCAGUUUGUACAAAUGAAAAUGUAAUAAAUCGUUCUUACCCUU